AUGUUUUUUGAUGAUAUGGUUCAUCGAGUUUCUGUUUCUUGGAAUUCUGUGAUUGCUGGGUAUUCUGAGAAUGGAUUUAGUAGUCAGGGUCUUGAAGUGUUUUCUCAAAUGAGUGAUCUUUCACUACAGCCAAAUGAAUAUACUUUGGCUAGCAUUCUUGAAGUUGUUUCUAACUCGAAUUCUGUAAUUCAGGCAAUGAAAAUUCAUUUGCAUAUGAUUAAAUGUGGCUUUAUGUUCAAUGAUUCUAUGGUGUCUUGCUUGAUAAAAACAUAUGGGAAAUGCCAUGGGAUAGAUGAAGCAAAAGAGAUACUGCCUUUAAAUUUGUUCUACACCUCAAGAAGCUUGUACCUUGAAGUGGACAGUACAAUCUUCCGUAUUGUCAUCAAAGCUUGUGGUGCAUUGACAAAUUUGGUACAGGGAAGAGUAGUUCACUCACUGUGUCUUAAAUCUGGAUUUGAUCAGGAUACAUUUGUGGAAAGUAGUGCUAUUGACAUCUACUGUAAGUGCGGAAGCAUUGGUGAUGCACAGAAGGCUUUUAGGAUUACAUCUAGAGACAAUUUGGCUUCUUGGAAUGCCAUGAUAAUGGGAUAUGCUCAACACGGUUGUUUUCAUGAAGUUUCUGAGGUUUUUGAGAAAAUGUGGCUAGUGAGAGAAGCAAAUGAUUACUUAAACUCUAUGUUUGAAUUUCAUGGAGUCAUCCCACAUUUAGAACACUAUGCCUGUAUGGUUGACCUGCUCAGUCGAGUUGAACUCCUAGAAGAUGCAAAGAGGACAAUUGAUCAAAUGCCUAUUCACCCUGAUGCUCAUAUAUGGCAAAUUCUUCUAUCAGCCUGCAACAUCCAUGGAAAUGUCAUUUUGGGGAAUGUUGUUGCCAGAAAACUUCUUGAGCUGCAACCUGAAAAUGAAUCUAGUUGGAUUCAAAUUGGAGGAUCAGUACAUUACUUUUUUGCUGGCGACAUGACACAUCCUGAGAGUAAAGAAAUAUAUAUGGAGCUAAUAAAGUUGUAUGAUCAGAUGUUAGUGUCUCCAAAAUUGGAUCAAAACGAUGCUUUCCUGAUGAAAAUAUGA